GUGCCGAGGCGGGCGGCUGCAGAGCGAGCCGGCUCCGGAGCGAGCGCACACGGCGCCCGGGACUCCCCCUCCCCGUCGCCGGUGCCGGUGCCGGUGCCGGUGCCGCUGCUGCCACCACCGCGGGUUGUCGCGCUCUUCUCUUCUUCUUCCUGUCGCCGCCACCGCCUCCUCCAUCUCCGCCACCUGGUCCACCUCUGCGGUCCCGCAGGGCAGGCGGUGCUUCGGCCCCCCACCGCGCCCCCUCCGGGGGAAGCCCUGGCCCUGCGGGCCGGGGGAUGGAGCUGGGGCGCGCGGGGAGGAGGCGGCUGCUUCCCGCGGGCCACUGAGCGGCCAUGAAGACCCUCAUCGCCGCCUACUCUGGGGUCCUACGCGGCACUGGCUCUAGCAUCCUCUCUGCACUACAGGACCUGUUCUCCAUCCCCUGGCUAAAUAAAUCUAAGGUUGAGAAACAGCUUCAGGUCAUCUCUGUGCUACAAUGGGUCCUUUCCUUCCUUGUCUUGGGAAUUACAUGCAGCCUCAUCUUCAUGUACAUUUUCUGCACAGACUGUUGGCUGAUUUCGGUACUGUAUUUCACAUGGCUGAUCUUUGAUUGGAACACCCCAAAGAAAGGUGGCCGGAGAUCAAAGUGGGUGAGAAAUUGGGCAGUGUGGCGGUAUUUCCGAGAUUAUUUUCCCAUCCGGCUGGUGAAGACUCACAACUUGCUAACAACCCGGAAUUACAUCUUUGGUUAUCACCCACAUGGUAUCAUGGGCCUGGGCGCCUUCUGCAACUUCAGCACUGAGGCCACAGAGGUUGGAAAGAAAUUUCCUGGCAUCCGGCCUUAUCUGGCAACUUUAGCUGGGAACUUCAGAGUCCCUGUGUUAAGAGAAUACUUAAUGUCUGGAGGUAUCUGCCCUGUCAAUCGUGACACCAUAGACUAUCUGCUUUCCAAGAAUGGGAGUGGCAAUGCUAUCAUCAUCGUGGUGGGGGGUGCUGCUGAGUCCUUGAAUUCCACACCAGGAAAGAAUGCUGUCACUCUGAAGAACCGGAAGGGCUUUGUGAAGCUGGCCCUGAGGCAUGGGGCUGACUUGGUUCCCAUCUAUUCCUUUGGAGAGAAUGAAGUUUACAAGCAAAUAAUCUUUGAAGAAGGUUCUUGGGGCCGAUGGGUCCAGAAGAAGUUCCAGAAAUACAUUGGCUUUGCUCCCUGCCUUUUCCACGGUCGGGGCUUCUUCUCCUCCAACACGUGGGGCCUAGUGCCGUACUCUAAGCCCAUCACCACAGUUGUGGGUGAACCCAUCACUAUCCCCAAACUAGAGCACCCAAGCCAGAAGGACAUCGACCUAUACCAUGGCAUGUACAUGGAGUCCCUGGUGAAACUUUUUGACAAGCACAAAACUAAGUUUGGUCUUCCUGAGACAGAAGUUCUGGAAGUGAACUGAGUGGACUAGGCUGGUGGCAGGCAGCCAGUGGCCUCCCCUUUGGGGGAAGAGUCAACCUCAAAUCAUUUUUCUACCAAGUUCUCAAGUGCUUUUUGUUCUGUAAAUUUGGAAGCCUCAUGGGUGUCUGUGGGUUAUUUUAAAAAAAAAUUAUAAUAACAAAAUAAUAAUUUUGUUAAAAUAUUACAAUCUUAGGUCUUUUUUAAGGAGAAAAGUGAAUGUAUCCAAACUCUGUUGCUGCUUCUAGUCCAUCCCACUCUGAAGAGCUGAAUUUUUUCCUGGUUUCUCCCUGUAUUUCUCAACCUGAUCCUUCCAUCAUCAACCCCUCCCCCCCCCCCCAAAAAAAAAAGUGACCUUCCUAUUAUGAGGAAGAGACCAGGACUGUAUUUUGAAAAUAUCCUGGAUAUGAAAUUAGAGGAAGCUGGAUUCAAAUCCAAGCUCUGCAGUUUACUUCCAGUCUUUUCUUGGGUAAGUCCCAUGUUGAGUAAAAUCAUUUUCCUCAUCAAUUAAAAUGAAGGGGUUAGAAAUCCAGCUUCUUUUCUAGCCUGAGGCUCUUAUUCUAUAAAACUUCACCCUUAAACCUAGGAAAAAAUUCCUACCACAUUAUUUUUAUCCUGUCCCCAGCCCUAGAGUAUACACAUUAAUGUAAAAUUGUCCCCUAACAACAUAUGAAAGUCCCUGCUAUUGUCUGAUCCUAAAUCAAGGAAAGUGAUGACCCUCUAAUGCAGUCCAGAUGCCACUGACCCUGAACUAUACUGAACAGGUGGGGUGGAUCUUUGUAUAAUUUUAUUAAACAAUGAACUAUCUUCCAAAGCUAGAGAUGGUAAUGUGUUGGAGAGGAAGUUAAAGGUGUUAUCUCUCUCCUUGUCAGUUUGGGGGAGUGGGACAGGAACGGGCCUGAAAACUACUUUCUCCUUUUCAAGAUUUUUUGCAUAGUCCUCACCUUCCCUCCCUCCCCAACCCUUUCUUUCACAUAGACUGGUGGAAAACAUACCCCAUUAAUGCUGUUGUCUCCUUCCCAUCUCACAUUCCCUUUUGCUAAAUAUUUCUCUUUCAACUCUGAAUGUCACAGGGAGUGAGGCCUGGCACAAAAUGCUCCUAACUUACUGCCUGGGGGGAGAAGGGGACCCUGGCCUUGUCAUUCCAUAGUUUCCAUUUCAUUAAGCCGAAGAUAGGAACAGAAAUAUAAUAUUGGGGUUCAUAAAGUCCUCCUUGGGCUGGAGAAAUGCAGGUCAUUUCCAUAAUAGGAGAAUGACCCAUGUGGCCUGAGUUGAAAAGAUCAUGAAAGGAAGUUGAAGAUGUGGAUGAGAGGCUCCAGGUAGAACUGACUCCUGGGGCCAAGCCAUGCCAUUGAUGACAGCAGAAGGGGACAGCCCCUCUCCCAUUUGUGUCUGAAGAGAGUGUUUCUCCAUUCCGGCCUGGCAUGUAGUGCCAUUUACCUGAAGGCCAACUGUCCAGAGUGACCCCAGACCUCACAUUUGUGUCAUUAGCCACCUGUGUGAUCUUGGGACUUCUUGGGUCUCAUUUUCCUGCUAUAAAACGAGGACUAUGGACUAUUUAACAUUGAAGUUCUCUUCCAGCAUCAGUCGCUAUGGUCCUCUCAUCCAUGUGCCUUUGCAGAGCGGGGGGACCAGAGAUGCCUUCUCACUUCCCAGCACCUUAUGGCAAAAUGAGCCUAUAGUAUGUAUAUGUUCUCUCUUCAUAUUUCUCAAAUCAUUGUACCAUAUCAGAACAUUUUGUACAAUUUAUAGGAAUAAACUUUGGUUGGGAUUAGUGUCUUG